AUGGCUGGAUACCUCCCAUUUGAUGAAAUGGAUCUCACCACAUUGUAUAAUAAGAUCGAUAAAGCUGAAUUUUCAUGCCCAUCAUUUUUCCCAGUAGGGGCAAAAUCGUUAAUUCAUCGAAUUUUAGAUCCAAAUCCUGACACUCGUAUUGGUAUUGAAGAAAUAAGGAAUGAUGAAUGGUUCAAAAAGAAUUAUGUCCCUGCUAGAGUUGUUGAGUAUGAAGAUGUUAAUCUGGAUGAUGUAAAUGCUGUUUUUGAUGAAUCAGAGGAAGAGGGAGGUGGUGAUGAGCAACACACAGAUGAAGAUGCAUGUCCUCUGUCUCUUAAUGCAUUCGAUAUGAUAAUCCUGUCUCAGGGAUUAAACCUGUCUUCCAUGUUUGACCGUGGUCAGGACCCUGUGACGCACAUAACUCGGUUUGUUUCUCAAAAACCCGCAAAGAUUGUGUUAUCAAGUAUGGAAGUUGUUGCUCAGUCGAUGAGCUUCAAGACACACAUUCGAAAUUACAAGAUGAGAGUAGAAGGGCUUUCUGCUAAUAAGAAGUCCCAUUUUUCCGUGAUCUUGGAAGUUUUUCAAGUGACCUCCAAUUUUGUGAUGGUUGACAUUCAGAAAGCAGCAGGAGAUGGUGCUGAAUACCUUAAGUUUUACAAGAAUUUCUAUCACCAAAACAAAGAGCAAACGCCGUUAGAUCCGUUGGAGAGGCCAGGCCAACACUGUUGUAGUUAAACCCAUCUCUUUCUACCUCCAAAAGAAUGUAAAAGAUCAAUUUGUGGUUGAUAUACAUUUGUUGUAGACUUUGGUAUUUUUUUUUUCUUUUUACUUAGAGCGUGGUAAUGAAUGAGAUAGAAUACAAUACAAUACAUGGUAUGGUAUUGUAUUCUUUUGUUUGAGAAAUAAAUAAUAAUACCAAGUGAAGUAGCU